AUGACCUCGAAAUCAAAAGAAAAAAGACCACGUAUAACAAUUGCCUGCAACGCAUGUCGUUCGAGAAAGCAAAAAUGCAGCGGCCGUAAACCCAUUUGCGAACAAUGUCUUGAUCACAAUCGACCAUGCAACUGGCCCGAACAGCUUCGAAGAGGACCAGAGAAAGGAUAUGCCGAAGCACUGGAGAACCGACUCCAGCUCACCGAGAGCAUUCUUUUAAAUUUGCUUCCACAUGUCACGGAUGAGCAGCUUUCGGCUGCGAUUCCUCGAGAGAGCAGCGGCACGUAUGUGCCAUUCCCCAGACUUGAGAAGAGAGGGAUUGAGAGUUGGCCACAAUUCCCUCUUGAUACUCCGCACGGUAUCCGGAGGUGGCAGCAAGCUUGUACUGAGCCUCAAAGGGUGGCUGCAGAGACACAGGGCUCUAAGAGAAGGCGUUUGCAGUGUGUUGAAAUGUCUACAACUCGAGAGAUCGAUCGAACUGCCGAUAGAACACCGAACUGUCCGGUUCUCGAGUCUGCAGAUAAUACACACGAAGAGAGUGCUCUGGUGGAGAGAAUGAGCUCCUGGCAAGGAGCCCCUUCGUUCGAAUUUCAACGUCAGUUUUUGUGGUGA